CAAGAAUGAGAUGUAAUAUCCUCACCGUCAUUCGCAGCCAACGUGGAUACUGUUCCCGCGGGGGAUCGUCACCGCCCACGUCACGUUUCCGGCUGCUGCACUUGGCCGCGGGAAAAAAAGGCGGGUGAUUCAUUCAUCCAUCCAACCUUCAACUUCUCUCAAUUCAAUCUCAUACGCUCCUUUUACUUAUGCUUGGCUUGUUAAUUCCGUCUUAAUUUCCUCCCAUCAGCCAUGGCUGUGCCUAGAUUCCCGUUUCUCUAUCCCAAUCUAAUGCGGGCCGUCCGGUCCUGCGAACCGACUACCCACCUCUCCAUUCGGAUUCCCCCCAAGACCAGCUCAACAUCACGGCGUGCUUUCCAUACUACUCGACGGCGUGAGCAGGGAACAUAUCAUCGGCGAUACGGGCCAGCAGCUGAGGCAAACCUACCUCCGCCACAUCGGCCAAAGGGCGAAGCAAGCGAUCAACCAGCUGCCAACCCGCCGCCGUCGGAAAAGGAUAGCUCUAGUGAUCAGCAGGACACCGCACCCCCUGAACAACCACAACCUCAAGAAAGCCCUGAGAAAGACACUAUCGAAAAGUCUCCUUCUGCUGCAGAAGAUCUAGUCACCACUCGUUCAGCCAAACAUGAUACUCCAGCCGAGCCAGAGCCAAAAGAGGAGCCCGCACCAGCUCAAGCGAAACCCGAUGCCGAAGAGGCAUCUCCCUCCGAACGCGUGAACGAAGAACGAAAUGCCCCUCCUCCUCCUCCUCCUCCUCCUCCCCAAGAUCAAGCGCCUCUGGAUAGUGUUUUCCAUAUGCCCUCUCCAUCUGCCUUUUUGACGCCGUCUGGGUCUCCGGGCUCCGACAACAGACCUCCGCACAUGGCUCCCGCCCCUUACGUACACCAUUUCGAUACCUACUCACUGGUCCGAGACCUCUCGAAAGGUGCCUUUACCGAUGACCAAUCCGUCACUAUCAUGAAAGCCGUUCGACGCAUUCUCCAGAACAACCUCGACUUCGCAAAACAGAGCCUGACCUCCAAAUCCGAUGAGGAGAAUGAGUCCUACUUGUUCAAGGCCGCUUGUUCUGAGCUCCAAUCGUCCCUUCAGACUGCCCGAAAUGCCGAAAUACAGCGACAGCGUGCCUCCCGGACACAAUUGCAGCACGAAUCUGACAUACUGUCUCAACGAUUGAAUCAGGAGCUUGCGGGGUUGAAGGAUGACAUCAAGGGGAUGUUCAAUGAUCACAAAAUGACCACCCGGGAGCAGCAGCGAAGUAUAGAUACGUCGGUCCAGGAACUCAAUUACAAAAUCACCGUUUCGCUAAACAGCGAUGGUAAAAGCGAAAUUGAAGGACUCCGAUGGAUUUUGACAAGAAGGGCUGCUAUGGCUGUUGCGAUCAGUGCUUUCAUGAUCAUCAUCUUCCUCAAAUACUACUCCGUCAAAAAGUCGCAAGACAGUAACGACAAGAAGAAAGAAGUCGUCGUCAAGAAAAAGACGGAGAUACACCCAGUCAAAGAUACUAUAGUCCCAACCUCCGACACCUCAGUCCCAGGCAUCCAUGUCAGUGAGUCUUUGGGCUAAGAACCACCAUCAUUUAGAGCCCAGUCUUCUUCAUUCUAUUCUUCUGUCUUUACUACAUCAACAUUUCUUUGCAUUCUUUGUCAUCAUAUACAAACUGUGUCUUGUGUUUCCGCAUACUAUGCGAGUGUAUAAUAGAGCAUAUCGAUACCCUAGGAUAUCAUUCUAUGAUUGUGGCAGAUAUAUUCAACAUGGAUCUUUACCAGAGAACUGAUGUCAAUUAUUAUAUUUCAACCUAUUCAGCUG